AUAGGCUGUCCCACUGUGUGAGUCUUUGCGUUGCCUUUUACUAUUGUUGUGCGUCGGAUGGACAGACUGACUCCAGGUCGACUUCAGAUUUUAUUUUAUGGGCAGGAGGAGCUCAAACAUUUCAACUUUGAAACUUUUUUAACAUUUCGUGGCUUUGAUUUUCAUCUACCCAAAGAGAGAUUUUUGUUGAUGGCGCGGUCUAACCAAGAUGGACACGGGUUGUCUGCCGGUUGGAGACUAGAUAAGUGCUUCAUUCACUAAAUCUAAAUGUAGACUUUAUUUAUUUAUCCGCAGGAAACGUAUUAUCCAUCAGGUGGAUGUAACUGGACUGGGCCGUUUCCACCCCAGAGGUCACGUCCUAUAAUGAACAUUUUCCCACUGAAGUUUCGGUGAACUUUUCCCACGACUCGCCAUGUCGGGAGUGGUCCGCACCCUGAGCCGCUGCCUGCUCCCGGCCGACGCCAGCCGGGACCCGGGCGGCAGCAAGGAGAGGAGCAGGGAGAGGGACGCGGCGCAGGAGCGGGAAGCGAGGCGCAGGAGCCGGGAGAUAGACGCGAUGCUCGCGCGGGAGAGGAGAGCCGUCCGCCGGCUUGUGAAGAUCCUCCUGCUCGGGGCCGGAGAGAGCGGAAAAUCCACAUUCCUCAAACAGAUGCGCAUCAUCAACGGGCAGGAGUUUGAUCAGAAGGCACUGCUGGAUUUCCGGGACACUAUCUAUGAGAAUAUACUGAAGGGCAUGCGUGUGCUGGUGGACGCCCGGGACAAGCUGGGCAUCAGCUGGCAGGUCUGCGAGAACGAGAAGCAAGGCAUGCUGGUGAUGUCGUGGGAGGGACGCGUGGGCGCCACGGGGGUCGAGCCCAGCGAGUUUCAGCUGUACGUGAUGGCACUGAGCGCGCUGUGGGCCGACGUCGGCAUACAAGAGGCCUACGCACGGCGCUCUGAGUUCCAACUGAGUGAGUCAGUGAAAUACUUCCUGGAUAACUUGGAUCGUAUUGGACAACUGAACUAUAUCCCGAGCAAACAGGACAUUUUAUUUGCGAGGAAGGCGACUAAAGGAAUCGUCGAGCACGACUUUGUCAUCAAGAAGAUCCCGUUCAAGAUGGUGGACGUGGGAGGGCAGAGGUCUCAGAGGCAGAAGUGGUUCCAGUGUUUUGACGGGAUCACAUCGAUACUCUUCAUGGUGUCAUCAUCUGAAUACGACCAGGUCUUGAUGGAGGAUCGAAGGACAAACCGUUUGGUGGAGAGUAUGAACAUCUUCGAGACCAUUGUCAACAACAAGCUCUUCCUCAAUGUGUCCAUCAUCCUCUUCCUCAACAAAACAGACCUGCUGGUGGAGAAAAUCCGCACGGUGGACAUUCACAAGAACUUUCCCGAGUUCAGAGGAGACCCUCGCAGGCUAGAGGAUGUGCAGGCAUUCCUGGUGCAGUCGUUUAGUCGUAAAAGGAGAAACCGGGGGAAGCCGCUGUUCCACCACUUCACCACAGCGGUGGACACAGAAAAUAUCCGCUUUGUCUUCCAUGCCGUCAAGGACACCAUCCUGCAGGAAAACCUCAAAGAUAUCAUGCUGCAGUGACCUUCGUGCUGCAGACAACGACUUCUGUCUCUGAUUGUAAACUGUGAAACCAGCCAUGAACUCGAGCCCGGAGGAGAAGGCCUGCUUCGUUGUGACACAUAUUAACACUGGCCUGUGGAGCAGUCGGUUGACCCACGGAGUGGAUCUAACUGAAACCUGAACCUGUGGAACCCAUAAAGUGACUCUGGACCUGUUGGACCUACGUCGGCCCCUGUGGAAACUGUGAGGGUCAUAGAGGACAAGACCCUGCAUGUAACCUGUAAAAAUGUGUGUAUGCUGGAAAGACAGUCGCCUUCUCCUACUUGUAGCACUCAAGUGUUUCUUUCCUUAAUAUACAUGUUCAGAAAUGUGUAAAGAAAAAGAGAGAAAAGCACCAACUACAUGACAUGAGCACUGAAAGUGUUUUUCUCAGAUGUAUAUAUGACUGAUGACAACCCCGUCACUAAACCGAGUCAGACUGCUGCCUGUUGAAAAGUAGCUGGAUCAAACUGCGAGCAGCAGACAGCAGGGGAAAGAAGGACAAAAAGGAAGAGAGAAAGUUUAGAGCGAGCUGAAGAAUGCCUUGUGUUAAUGUACAUGUGACAGAGGGA